UUGUCGACAUGUACCCAUGAAAUUGUCUCCCCACUCUCUUCUUGCCUAUAGAAAUAGAUAAAUAAGUACGCUCUGCUUUCACCCGAAUACUUGCAUACUUACUUCCUCUUGCACAUCCGCCGUGAUGGUGCCGUGCAUGUGUAGUUCAUGAAAAAAACAAGCCAAGUUGACAUUUAAACUCUGCGAGUAUAUGUAAUUCCACCAAAUUGCGAGAACGGUAGCAGUGGUCGGAGAAAGUGGGCUGGGUAUUAUCCACAAUUUUCCCUGCUGCUGCCUAUCGAUCCGCACACACGUCCGUCCACUUUAAAUUUUAUACCCUUCUCCCUCUGGAAUAUAACUUGUGGCUGCUUUAUUUCAAUUGUUCUGAAACAAAAGUUGUUAUUCUUUCGUUCUCCCCUUUCCGUCCUUCUUCACUGCAUAGAUUUAAUCACGCAACGCAAUUGGAGACACAGGACGGAAAUUCUCCAGAGAAUCACAAUUAUUCCCCAACAUUUUUUUUGAUUGAACUCAACAACAUAAUAUUUUAUUCAGGAAAUAAUUAUGCCGAGUUGGAAAAGUUCUCGGUUUUUGAAGCUAUGAUUUUGUGGUGAUUUUCUCACUCAAGGUUUCCUAGAGUGGUCAGUUGAUCGCUGCAUGUAGUGCAAGAUGGGGGCGUUUUUGGUGGGGGAAGUUGGUGGGAUGAGGAGUGUCGCGUCGAGGGGGCUUAUGUGGCCCUUGUUUAUCACAACCAUGUUUAUCAGGGGGAUUUGGACGUUGGAGUGUGAGCGACAGAGGAUGGUGGGGCGGCACAUUUAUUCGCACCCGUCCCUCUGGAACCACUCCAUCAACUGCCCCUCCUCCUUCCAGUGGGAGUGGGCUCUCGCCAGGAUUUGCUGUUAUGAUAACUACGACAGAUUUUAUGAACAUCCCUAUUGCUGCUACUCGGAGAUGUACAAACUCGUGGUGGCCGUGGGGUUUAUCUGUCUCAUUUUAAUCGGCACGUCCUUCCUGCUCUUCUUUUGCUGGUUCUACAACUUGCCACACCACAUCCUCUAUAUUCUCACGUUUAGAAAGUUUCAAUUAAACAACUGGUUGAUGAAGGCACGCAAUGGGCCUUACGUGGAUCCUUCCUUCUAUGCCAAGGAGCCCUUCUGGUCUCGUGGGGCUGAUGCUGCCUCCCAGUUGCCUUAUCCCCUGCGCCCAAUGCCACCUCGAAUCUUCUACCCAGCCCCACCCACCAACAAGUUCCGUGGGUGGGACAUGGGUGGCGGUGAAAUCCCUCUUUUCAUCCUCGCAUCACGACAAUUUCACCGCAACCCGUACUCAGCUAGGCCCCAAAAUCGCACCCCACCCAUUCUUCCACACGGAGGAAACUCCUCCUCAUCGUCCAAUAAUAACUAUGGCUCAGGAGCUGUCGGAAAUGGGGGAGACAGUCGACGCGGGAGUCUGGUCACUCUGGGUGAAUCGAGUGAGAGGGGCAGUGCUGUGGAGGGCAGGCGGCGUGGGAGUGGGUGGCGGAAUUCGGGCAGCACGAGCAGUCUCACGAACAUGGGGGCAACAACCACUUCGUCAGGGACUCAUAAUGCCAAUACUAAUUUUGGGCCGACUCCAACUUCAUAUGGGAACAUGGGGCCCAGUAGUGGUGGUAAUUAUGGGAGCAGUGGUGGCCACAGUACGUGUAAUAAUCGGCCAAACUCUGCAGAAGUUCCGUUCAUUAUUCCGAUGGAUGAACAUGAAGCAGAAACAGAACUCAGGGAGGCGAUAAGACUGAUGGAUGAUAAGGUAGACGUAGAUGCAGCGUCGUCAUCAUCGUCUUGGAGUAUUGCUGGGGACUCGCUGGGCCAGCCGACGACUGCCACGAUUUUCAUGACCAACUCCUCCCGAGAAUUAGUUCGGAGUGAGUCUCAGGAGUCAAAUUCUUCGUGGAAUGCACAACUUCGAUACGGCGAUGAUGACGACAGUCAACCUCAACAACAACGAGACUAUCACAGCAGCAUUGGGGACAAUAAUUUUAGGGACGGAAGUGCGAGGAGCAAUGGUGAAGCGAUGGUGGGCGUGACGCGGGUCCGUUUCGGGGCUAAGGUCUCCGUUCAGCUACUCAAUCAGCAACUGAGCAACAGUUUGGGACUUUCCCUCAACAAUCUGCCAAAUAUCCAAGUGAUUGGGAAUUUUGGACGCGAUGGGAUGGAGACGAUCGUGGAGGACGACGAUCGCCCGUAUGACGAUGAGGAGGAAAUGGACUACAGCCCACCGGGUAGCUCAUCCCCACAGGAAAGUCGACCCAGCUCCAAGAAGCCUGGAAGCCUACUGCCUCCUCCUCCUCCAUCAGCCGCUCGAGUGGUGGUCGAGGAACCCACGACGCCUCGAAUCUCUUCAGCUCUCGACCGAAUCGUGACCCGUGCGAGACAAGAAGUCCCAUUUCGUCCCAGCCUACCCGGAGCCAUCCCUGAAAACCCGGACGACGAAGCCACUGACCUCGGAGAUGGACCAGCUUCACGACGCAGAACUAGACUGAAUCGUAGAAAUAGUGCUCCUGUCAAUUUCUAAAGGCCUAAAAAUGUAUGUAAUUUAUGUCGCCACACACGCGGAAUUAACUUAAAGAACUUAACUUAACUUAAUUAAAAGAAGUCAAUAAAAUAUAUUUCAACACAA